GUUGUGGGGCUGCCCACCAACGCCAUGGCAAUAUGGGUAUUCCUCUUCAGGACCAAGAAAAAGCACCCGUCGUCAAUCUACAUGGCAAACCUGGCUCUGGCUGACUUGCUCUUUGCCAUCUGGGUCCCCCUGAAGAUAUCAUACCACUUCAACGGCAACAACUGGAUCUAUGGAGAAGGGCUGUGCAAAGUGCUGGUGGCGUUUUUCUACAGCAACAUGUACUGCUCCAUCACCUUUAUCACCUGCAUAAGUGUCCAGCAUUACUGGGCGGUGGUCCACCCAUUGUCUGAGCAGCAGACAAACAACUGUGUAGCUGUUGCCGUCUCCAUCACAGUCUGGGUGGUGGUCUGGCUUAUCACCAUCCCUCUCUACCUGCAUGACCAACAGGUCAGAAUAACAAACUUCAAUCAAAAAAUCCUUACCUGCCAUGAUGUCACCAGGCAAAGUCAGGUGAAAAUAGCAGCUGGCUACUUCCUGACAAUGGGAACUCUGGGAUUUGUUGUUCCCACUAUUGUGUGUAUCAUAUCCUACAUCCUCAUGCUCAAAGCUCUCAGGAACAGCAUGGCAGAUGCUGACAUCACCAAGAAGCGACGGAAGGCUGUGUUCUUGAUCAUCACAGUGUUGGUUAUGUUUUUAGUGUGCUUCACCCCCAGUAACAUCAUGCUGCUGGUACACUAUAUCCUCCUGUUGAGCGGGGCCGACAACCACCUGUACGGAUUUUACAUCACCACCCUGUGCCUGGCUAGUCUCAACAGCUGCAUCGACCCUUUUGUUUACUACUUUAUCUCCAAGGACUUCAGGGAUCAUGUGAAGAACACGUUCCUCUGCAGGAGCGAGAGGACAGUGAAGAGGAUGAAGGUGUCCUACAGGGCUCCGAAAAACUCACAAGAGCAACACACCACGCCUAAGUCAGGAAACACACAGAGCACUGAAUGCUAGUGGAUUAAUCAUUAUUGAGCUGUUUUAUUCCUGAUCAUUAUCUCCCUUCAGAUAUUGCUUUUCAGUAACACUUA